AUGCCUUCAUCAGGACUAGCAUUUGUUGAGGAGCAUGUCGUGGCAUCAGCUUCUUUAACACUAGAUGCGAUCAAUUUACGAUCCGUCACCUGGGAGCGCGUUAGAACCACUACUACCAGCGAUGACAACAUACAGGCGUUAAUCGCUCUAUUAGAGGCCGGUAUACCGGGAACCCGUCACGAGCUGCCUAGGCCACUGCAAGAAUAUUUCCCAUUCCGUGACGACCUUCAUACGGUUGAUGGUGUAGUACUUUAUAAAGACAGAAUAGUAAUUCCCCCAUCACUCCGGGAAGAAACCCCUGCCUCCCUGCAUUCGGCACCUCAAGGGGUGACAUCUAUGACUUCAAGAGCUGACGCGUCAAUCUUCUGGCCUGGUAUCACGCCUGCCAUCGCCUCCCUACGCGCAACUUGUAACCACUGCAAACGUAUUGCUCCAUCUAACCCGAAUGCACCACCGACUCCUUUGAUAACUCCUGACUAUCCAUUCCAAUGCGUGUGUGCAGAUUUCUUCCACUACAUGGGCUGUAAUUACCUAGUGGUAGUUGAUCGUUAUUCCAACUGGCCGGUGGUGGAGAAAGCCUCUGAUGGUUCCAAUGGUUUAAUAGACUGUCUCCGAAGGACAUUUGUUACUUUUGGUAUCCCUGAUGAACUAGCAUCAGAUGGUGGACCCGAGUUCACUUCUGCGGCCACACGUCGUUUUCUCAGGAACUGGGGCGUUCACCAUAGACUGUCAUCUGUAGCUUUUCCCCAUAGUAACUGCCGUGCUGAAGUGGGAGUCAAAACAGUGAAGCGUCUGAUCACUGGCAACACCAGUCCCAAUGGCGACUUAAACACCGACGCAUUCCAACGCGCUAUUCUCCAGUAUCGUAACACACCUGACAGAGACACAAAACUAUCCCCUGCUAUGUGCGUGUUCGGUCGUCCUAUACGAGACUUUAUUCCUAUACCACCCGGUCGGUACAUUCCACACAACACUUGGCUGGAGACUUUAGCAGCUCGCGAGGAGGCUUUACGGAAUCGUCACAUGCGAGAAAGUGAACGUUGGUCUGAACACACCAAACGCCUCUUACCUCUUGCAGUUGGAGAUCAUGUUCGCAUCCAAAAUCAAGUUGGUCCUCACCCCUUAAAUGGGACAAGACUGGAAUCAUUACCGAAAUCUGGCCGUGUUACCUUACGCAACAGGAAAUUCCCCAGGAAGUAUAUCCCAGUCGUUACACCACCAGCGCGCUACACAAUUGACAAUCAAAUUGGACUCUCCCAUCGUACGACGUCUCCUGCUUCUAACGCUCCAGACACCGUCGUCGGUGAAGAAAGCAACCCUCCCCGUAAGGAUACGAGUCCUCCACCAUCCACUCCGUUGACUACUAGAACGAUACAACGUUCGCCUCGUUCAUCAUCUGAUGUUGAUCACCCUUCACCGCCAUUUGGUAUUCGAGACAUCUUCAGUCGACGUCAUCUAGCGUUUGAUUCUCCUGCAACCCCAGUGAGCAAAAUCACCAAACCCCCGGCAACGAUGCCACCUAUCUCGACACAUACGCCACAAGCAGUAGUUCCGUCCGCUGCACCGAUCCGGACUUCUGGCCGGGCCACAAAGAAACCAGCUUGGCAUUCAGAUUAUAAAAUGUCCAAAUAA